CAACCAACCAACCCACCCACUUACCAACCCACUAACCAACCCACGCACGCUCUCACGGGCACCCAGCAUGGGUUAUCGGCGUGGCGUGCUGCACAGCUGCGGUGCUGGGGCUGCGAGAUAGGCUCGCACGCCCGCACGCUUGCUCUCACGCCCGCGCUCUCACGCUCUCGGAUGCGCACCGCAGCAGCGCGGUGGCUUGGCCGCAGCCGGGGCAGCCGGCCCAGCAGCCCUCCGGGGGGAUUUGGUAGCCAAACAACCAGACGAAGAGGCCAAGGGGGUCCCUUUUCCAGCUCCCCACAUGCCUGGAUUUGGGCGGUGUCCCCAUCUUUAGAGGCAGCACCCGAGACCCAGCCUGGCAAUAGCACCCAGAGAGAUGUGGAGCCACAGAGGACCCUGUGACUGACACAGCCCCUCCGGCCCCCAGCUGAAUGGAAAGACUGCAGAAGCAAACACUGACCUCCCCUGGGAGCGUCUGCUCGUCCCGCGGGUCCAGCGUCCCGGGAUCGCCCUCCAGCAUCGUGGCCAAAAUGGACAACGAGGUUCUUGGCUACAAGGACCUGGCUGCCAUUCCCAAGGACAAAGCGAUCCUGGACAUUGAGCGCCCCGACUUGAUGAUCUACGAACCCCAUUUCACCUACUCACUCAUGGAGCAUGUGGAGCUGCCCCGGAGCCGAGAGCGCUCCCUGUCUCCCAAAUCCAUCUCUCCUCCUCCGUCUCCAGAGGUCAUCCGGGAGUGGCUGGAGAGCCGGAGCCCUGGCAACCUUCCCCAGCCUGCGUCUCGCCAAGGUGGCAGCUCAUCUCGCAGCAGCGUGCAGCACUUCCACCGACCUGAGACUGACACGACAGAGCUCAACAUCUACAAGAAGCCACCGAUCUACAGGCAGAAAGACCACCACCAUGGUGCCCAUCAUGGGAAGCAUCUCAUAGAGGACUUGAUCAUCGAAUCAUCCAAGUUCCCAGCAGCGCAGCCCCCAGACCCCAACCAGCCUGCCAAGAUCGAGACCGACUACUGGCCAUGCCCCCCAUCCCUUGCUGUCGUGGAGACGGAAUGGAGGAGGCGGAUGGCCUCCAAGCGAGGGGAGGAGGAGGAUGAGGACCUGACAGAGGAGAUGAAGAACCUGCGGGAGCUCCAGAGGCAGGAGCUGAGCAAGGUCACUUCCAAUCUCGGGAAGCUGAUCCUGAAGGAAGAGAUGGAGAAAUCUUUCCCUAUCCGGAGAAAAACUCGCUCUCUGCCAGACCGGACACCCUUCCACACGUCCCUGCACUUGGGAAGCUACAAGAGCUCCUCGCUGCCCGCCUCUGGAAGAAGCACCCUCACCCGACUGCAGUCAGCAGAGUUCAGCUCCGCGGGCAGCGAGAAAGGCAGUCCCGGCCUACAGAAUGGCCAGCGUGGGCGCAUGGACCGAGGCAACUCUCUGCCCAGCAUGCUGGAGCAAAAGAUCUACCCCUACGAGAUGCUGAUGGUGACGAACCGAGGCCGCGUGAAGCUGCCGCCCGGUGUGGAUAGGACCAGGCUGGAGCGGCACCUCUCCCCCGAGGACUUCUUGCGGGUCUUUGAGAUGCCUCCUGAGGAGUUCAGCAAGUUGGCCCUCUGGAAGCGCAAUGAGCUGAAGAAAAAAGCCUUCCUCUUCUGAGCCCCCGCGCUCAAUCCGUGUCGCGCCGUGUAAACUGCUUUAGGGCUCUCAGCCGGUUUUUACUAGGAUCUCCCCUUCCCCUCUUCUCCUGCACCCCCCGACUCUGCCCCCUGCCUAUCUUCCCCUGCCGGAAAAGGGCUUGGGGGGCCUCAAAUCUGCCUCUGCUCUCCCCUGCUUUGCUCCUCCUGCAGGAAAAGGGCUUGAGUGGCACAAAUCUGCCUCUGCCCCCGGCUUUGCUCCUGCAGGAAAAGGGUUUGGGAGGCUCCGAUCUGCCUCUCCCCCCAGCUCGCAGCAGGGCAAUGGGGCUGGGGGCACAGCCUGCCCUGGAGCAGGCACGGUUCAGCCAGGAGGGGUGGUUUUGAGGGGGUUCUCUGUGCUUUGUGCCCCCCUCAUCCCCUGCUUCGGACACACUGGCAGGGGCAGUGCCCAGCUUUGCUUUGUGCCAGCUCCAGCAGCAAGGUGGAUUCCCUCAUCCUUGGGAGUUGGCUGCCUCCAGAUCCCCUUCUUCCCCCUUCACCCUGAGACUUGGGAAAAGCCCGGGGGGGCCCCGACUCACUGCCACAUUGAUGCAUUCCCAGCAAACCCAGGCCGGCAUCCCCACCUUGUACCCCUUCAGCCCUGUUCUUAACAUCCCUCCUGGUCCCUCCUGUGCCAGGUGCUGCAGCAAGGACUGCAAGGACACGUACACUGCCAAAACCUGCCCAGCACCGGGCUGACGGGGGGCAGGGGAGGGAUGCCAGUGAGGUGGAGCAUCCCGGGAUGGGGCAGGGGUGGCAGAGA